AUGUCCGAUAUACAGGGUCGGAAGGUCUUCAAGGUCUUUAACCAAGACUUUAUCGUGGAUGAACGGUACAAUGUGACCAAGGAGCUGGGCCAGGGUGCAUACGGUAUCGUUUGUGCUGCCACAAAUGUCCAUACUGGUGAGGGUGUCGCCAUCAAGAAGGUUACCAAUGUCUUCAGCAAGAAAAUUCUGGCCAAGCGGGCUUUGAGAGAAAUUAAGCUCCUCCAGCACUUCCGAGGCCACCGCAACAUCACCUGUCUAUACGACAUGGACAUUCCACGGCCAGACAAUUUUAAUGAAACCUAUCUGUAUGAGGAAUUGAUGGAAUGUGAUCUGGCCGCCAUCAUCCGAUCGGGACAGCCCCUGACCGACGCGCACUUUCAAUCUUUUAUCUACCAGAUUCUGUGUGGACUCAAGUAUAUCCAUUCCGCCAAUGUCUUGCACCGAGAUCUGAAGCCCGGUAACUUGCUGGUCAACGCGGACUGCGAGCUCAAGAUCUGCGAUUUCGGUCUGGCCCGCGGCUUUUCGAUCGACCCCGAGGAGAACGCAGGCUACAUGACCGAAUAUGUUGCGACCCGGUGGUACCGUGCUCCGGAGAUCAUGCUGAGCUUCCAGAGCUACACCAAAGCUAUCGAUGUGUGGUCUGUAGGAUGCAUCCUGGCAGAGCUGCUCGGCGGCCGUCCUUUCUUCAAAGGCCGGGACUACGUCGACCAGCUCAACCAAAUCCUGCACUACCUGGGCACUCCCAACGAGGAGACACUCAGCCGCAUUGGAUCUCCGCGGGCCCAGGAAUACGUCCGCAACCUGCCCUUCAUGCCCAAGAUCCCCUUCCAGCGCUUGUUCCCCAACGCCAACCCCGACGCUCUCGAUCUGCUCGAUCGCAUGCUGGCCUUUGAUCCCGCAUCGCGUAUUUCCGUCGAGGAAGCGCUGGAGCACCCAUACCUGCACAUCUGGCACGACGCCUCCGACGAGCCCACCUGCCCCACGACCUUUGACUUCCACUUCGAAGUCGUCGACGACGUGCAGGAGAUGCGCAAGAUGAUCUACGACGAAGUGGUGCGCUUCCGCACCCUCGUCCGGCAGCAGUCCCAGGCGCAGGCCGCCGCUGCCGCGCAGCAGCAGAUCGCUCAACAGACCAACGUUCCCAUCCCUGAACACCAGCAGGGCGGCUGGAAGCACGAGGAGCCCAAGCCUCAGGAGGCGCACGCCGCGGGCGGCCACGCCAACGAUCUGGAAUCGUCGUUGCAGCGGGGGAUGGACGUCCAAUAG